AUCCACCAGUCCACCACCGGCUCAACACGUUCGCGAGACCCACGGACCCCACUUCUUCUGAAGAUCAUCGGAAUUCUACCCAUCUGACUGGAAGUGAUUCCGCACCUCCCGAUUAAAAUGUUCUCCAACCGCGUUGGUUCGCUCCUGCGAAGUGGACUCCGCAACUUACACAGGAGCGUCCCCGCUCUGAAUCCAAUGGUACCCAUCGUGAUUGAGCAAACUGGCCGAGGAGAACGAGCAUACGACAUUUAUUCGAGGCUCCUCAAGGAGCGUAUUAUAUGCCUAAUGGGACCCAUUAACGAUGACAUCGCCAGCCUUGUCGUAGCACAAUUGCUUUUCCUUCAAUCUGAAUCGAGCAAGAAGCCCAUACACCUGUACAUAAAUUCACCUGGAGGGAGCGUCACCGCUGGUCUCGGUAUCUACGAUACGAUGCAGUACGUUUUACCGCCGAUAUCCACAUGGUGCGUCGGACAAGCUUGUUCGGCGGCGUCUCUACUGUUGGCCGCUGGAGAGCAAGGGAUGCGACAUUCUCUUCCAAACUCAAGAAUAAUGGUACAUCAGCCAUCUGGGGGGGUGAGCGGACAAGCCACCGACAUUCAAAUUCACGCAGAAGAAAUCCUUUACUUGAAGAAGAAAGUCAACCGUAUCUAUGCGAAACAUACGAAACAGCCAAUAGAAGCCAUCGACUCCAUCAUGGAAAGGGAUCGAUUCAUGAGCCCCGAGCAAGCCAAAGACUUUGGUCUGAUAGACACUGUCCUGGAACAGCCCCCGGCAGUCAAAGAAACUCGAGGUUUCGGAGGAAGUUCGGAAUAAUUGGAUGCAUCGAUUGUUUUAGGAAACGAAUCAGUGAACGGUGUUUCAGAGCUGACCUGAUGCUCUCAAGGUGUUCCACGAGGAAUUCGCUCUGGGAUACCUCCUCAAUAAACUCUGUCGUUCUAGUUUU